AUGCUUGGCCUUCUCUUUCAGAAGGAUCCGGAAGGUGGAUCCUGCCCCAGGGGACAUCAGGAAGGGAUGCGGCUGUUGCUGCUGCUGCUGCUGCUCGUGCUGUGGGGAGCACCCCUAGUUCAGCGCCUGGAACUGCAGCAGAAUGUGACUGUGCUGGAGGGCCUGUGCGUCCUCCUACCCUGCACCUUUCCCCAUCCCCGGGUUUCCUUUGGAAAGAUCUACAUGUUUUGGUUCCGGGAAGUGGCAGAUACAAAACGCGAUCCCCUGGUGGCCACGAACAAGCCGGAACAGAAGCUGCGUGAGGGGACCCAGGGGCGAUUCUCCCUCCCCGGGGAGCCCCAGGCCAGAAACUGCAGCCUGAGCAUCACUGAUGUCAACGCAGGGGACAGCGGGACAUACUUCUUUCGAGUCGAGACACACUUCAGAAAGUUCCCAUAUCUAAACAAGAUGUUCUUUCUGAACGUGACAGAUGCUCCACAGCACGUGGCCAUCAGCAUCUUCCAAGGAAACAGGACAGCCCUCAAGAUUCUGCAGAACACCUCGUCCCUUCCCGUCCAGGAGGGCCAGGCGCUGCGGCUGCUGUGUGUUGCUGACAGCAACCCCCCUGCACAGCUGAGCUGGUUCCGGGGGUCUCCCGCCCUGGAGGUCACCCCCAUCUCCAGCGCUGGGGUCCUGGAGCUGCCUCGUGUAGGGGCAGCAGAAGAAGAAGUGUUCACCUGCCAGGCUCAGAACCCGCUGGGCUCCCAAAAUAUCUCCCUGAGCCUCUCCAUGGUCUGUAAACCACAGCCCAGGGCCGGCAAGGUCCUGGGAGCAGUCGGGGGAGCUAGCGUCACAGUCCUGCUUUCUCUCUGCCUGUAUCUCCUCUUCAGAGUGAAGACCCACAGAAAGACCCAGCCGGUGCAAAGCAUGGAUGACACGAACCACGCCAUGGGCUCCAGCUCCAGGGAACGCCAGCCCCAGUUCUGGACAGACACCCCUGCAGACCACCCCGCCCCCGCUGGGGCUGGCCCCAUCUCAAGAAAUGAACAAGAGCCUCACUAUGCUUUCCUCCGAUUUCACAAGCCGAAGCCUCAGAAACAGGAAGGCACUCACACUGAAUACUCAGAGAUCAAGAUACACAAGUGA